AUGGGACCAAAAGGUAAAAAGGGUAAAAAGGGCCCACCGGAGUCAGGAUGGAUGCCUGGCUUUGGAACCAAAGCAACCAUGAGCACCUACUUCCAAUACCCAACCCCCGAGGUUCAAGAGGAGCUGAGGAAGAUCGCACAGGCGAUCGUAGCCCCCGGCAAGGGUAUCCUCGCCGCUGACGAGUCUACUGGUACAAUGGGCAAGCGUCUCCAGGACAUUGGUGUGGAGAAUACUGAGGAAAACCGCCGCAAGUACCGCCAGCUCCUGUUCAGCAGUGACCCGGCUCUAUCGGAGAACAUCUCUGGCGUGAUUCUGUUCCACGAGACUCUGUACCAGAAGGCUGAUGACGGAACACCUCUAGUGUCCUUGUUGGAGAAGAGAGGCAUCAUUCCUGGAAUCAAGGUGGAUAAGGGUGUUGUCCCGCUGUUCGGCUCUGAGGACGAGUGCACUACACAGGGUUUGGACGAUCUUGCCCAGCGCUGCGCUCAAUACAAGAAGGAUGGCUGUCACUUCGCCAAGUGGCGUUGCGUCCUUAAGAUCGGCCGCUUCACUCCAUCCUACCAGGCCAUUAUGGAGAACGCUAACGUAUUGGCUCGCUAUGCAUCCAUCUGCCAGAGCCAGCGCAUCGUACCAAUCGUUGAACCCGAAGUACUUCCUGAUGGUGAGCACGACCUUGACCGCGCCCAGAAGGUGACGGAGGUGGUGUUGGCUGCCGUGUACAAGGCGCUCAGCGAUCACCACGUGUACCUUGAGGGAACUCUACUGAAACCAAACAUGGUGACAGCCGGUCAGUCCUGCAAGAAGACUUACACUCCAAUGGACAUUGGUCGCGCGACCGUUACUGCUCUGUUGAGAACCGUACCUGCUGCAGUUCCUGGAGUGACAUUCCUUUCCGGCGGUCAAUCUGAGGAGGAGGCGUCUGUCAAUCUGAACGCCAUCAACACCGUGGACCUCAAGCGGCCCUGGGCUUUGACCUUCAGCUACGGCCGGGCCCUCCAGGCCUCCGUACUUCGCGCCUGGGCCGGAAAGAACGAGAACGUACUCGCCGGACAACAAGAACUCUUGAAACGUGCUAAGGCUAACGGUCUUGCUGUUAGAGGCCAAUAUGUCGCUGGAUCAAUCCCAUCUUUGGCUGCUUCUAAAUCUAACUUUGCAAACGGUCAAGCCAGCCAGGGCAAAUACGUCGCUGGAUCCGUAACAGGUGUGGGCGCUGAAGCCGGUCUCUUUGUAGCUAACCACGCGUAUUAA